CACAGGUCUUGUGAAAAUCGGUACUAAAGACAUCCUGCUUAGAGCUUACAUCCAGUCUCCUCCCCAACAUUCAAGCGUACUCCUGGUUCCUUCUCAGGCGCUAAGAUCUGCUCAGUUCUAAAAUAUACGCAUGCAGUACAUAACAUCCACGCAAACACCCCGUAUCGAUACCCGGCACAUCAACAUUCCGGCGCGUCACAACGUCACACGCGUCCGUCGAUAGCCUCACACACAAAACCUUACAGACACAACACAGCAUACGUAGCAGGCAAUCCACCCGUCCAGCUUCCCCAAUCCAUCUCAUCUCAGCUGCCACACAGCAUCAACCCAGCACCCCAUCCACCAGACCACACCAUCUUCUCCGCCACCUUACGCCCAGCAGAGCCACUUAUUCGAAACCCCGCCGUGGCCGCGUCGGACCGGCACGCAAUGACACCCGCCUUGCCCAUAACGCUACGACACCCCUCUUCUGCCCCCAGCGCGGCAGGCACAAAGACCAUAACCCCCCCAACGCUCUCGUGGCUACAAGGCGCAUGGCUCGUAACCCACUCCUCGCUCCCCCUAUGGCGAAAAGCGCGAAACGUGAGAAUAACAUACACACCAAUCCCGCAGAGCGGCAGCGCAGGCGGGCGGGGCCACGCGGGGGGCACGCACCUACUCGACGAAGUGACGUACGAGUCUCUAUCCAGCAGCGGGACGGGGAAGCCCAGCACAGUGCGGGGCGUGGACAAGCCAUUCGCAACCGCCGACGCGCCAGCGACGCUCGGGCUGGUGGCGCACGCGGACACGGCGCCGCCCGCUGCCACGGACGCAGGGGAGGAGCUCGCGGCGCUGGGGUACACGUGGCGCGGCAAAGGGUGGCUGAUGAUUGCGACGAGCAAGUGGGAGAUUUUGGGCUGGGGGGAGGAGGAGGAGGGGGAUAGCUGGGUGGUGACGUAUUUUGCCAAGACGCUGUUUACGCCUGCGGGUGUGGAUUUCUAUUCGCGGCGGGGGCGGCUGGGGACGGCUACGGUCGAGGGCAUCAAGGCUGCCAUUCGGGAGUUGGGGGGUGAUGUCGCGAAGUUGGGGGGCGAGGUGUUUGAGGUUGCGUGUGAUGGGGAGAGGGAUGGGAAGGCGUGAAGUGGGAGGCGGGUGCGAGCAUCUGAGUAUACGGGUGAGAGUGGUGGUGGUUUGUAAUGUGUAAUGGGCGUGGGGUGGAUUGAUAUCAGAGACUGUAUGUGUCUCAUAAGCAUGCGCACUCUACAUGUGACUGCUCUGUUUAAGCGGUACGGCCUUUUCCUUUGCGAAAGCUUCAGCGAUGCUUGCUCUUCCGGCACCACCACCCCUUCGUUUAGUCAAGUAGGCUCCACUGCGAGCCUCCAUGACUCGUCUUCCCCGAUCCGGCAGCACUUGCAUACGACGUCCUCGCCGGCUGCGGUGGGUGAGCUUCGUAGGUACUGUUAAUAUCGAGA